CUCCAUUGUUAUUUAAGAUAAUUCAAUUAAUUAGUUAUCAAAUAUACUGAAAAAUAUCACUGUAUAUUGAAUAAAAGUGUUUUAUUUUAUUUAUUUAAUACUACAUUUUUAUGUCAAUUGACAUAAAGAUUAUAAUCAUAACCUAAACAUUAACUAGUAAAUAAUAUCUUUUCAAUUUUACAAUAUAUCUCGAAAUUAUUGGGUUUUGAUAGUGUUAUAACAUUUUAUUGCCAUGAAUCUGCCACGAAUAUUAAUAAUAAGCACUGAAAAAGGAAAAGCUAAUGAAAUUGCUAUGAAUAUAGGAGGAGUAAAAUUAUCUAACCAAGAUCAUUUUGAAUAUCAUUUAUGGAAUAUUCAAAACAAAUAUUACAAAACUCAAGUGUUAAUAUGUUCUACAGAAAAUUUUUCCCAAGAUAUUUCAGUUGAUGGUGUAGAAGCAUUAAUUGUACAUCAUGAUCCACAGGCAGCAAAUGCAGAUCAGAAUUUGAAGGAGUGGUCAUCUUUGAUUACUUCUUUAGCAGAAGCUGAAGUGCUAUUGUUUUCUUGUCAUUUUAUAACAGAUACUGUUAUUAGGAACAAAGUGAUAAAAUGGUGUUUACAAAAUAGAUUUGAACUUAUUGAAUUAAAUCGGCCAGAUGUGGAUGCUUCAGAAGCUGAUUCAGAAAAUAAUAAAUAUGGUAUUGAGAGGAUUAUUGAAGCUUUACAUGCUCAUAUGUGGCCAAACAUGAUACUUAAAGGAAAGUCAUCAGAUAUAGAAGAAGGAACUGAUAUGAAUGAAGUUGAAGAGCAAUUUGAAAACAUUGAAUUAAGUCAAGAUUCUACAGAAACAUUACCAAUGGAAAACAUGCUAGAUGGGAUUAUGGGUGAAGAGAAUGCAGACUUUGGGGAACUGUUCAGUCAAUUGAGAGCUAUGAAAGAACAUGCAGCAUUGUUGCCGACUAAUCAAAGGCGAAUAGCAGCUGAACAAUUAGUCACUGCUUUUUGGAAAGCAAUGGGUGGUGAUCCAUCAGAAAUGGAAGAUUAAUCCAUGUAUUAAUUGUACAAUGCACUCAAAUUCAUACUAGUGUAAUUUUAUCUUAAUAUCUU